GUGACGGAAAGGCGCGAUGACGUAACGGGGCGCGUUUGGCGUUCGAACCCCGCCGAGCACCGGACAAAUAUUUAUAACGCUCAACAUUUCGACACGUGCUAAUAACCGGCGAGAUGUAAACAGUGAGGGUGGCGAGAUGGGCGCCCGAGUGCUUGUUUACCAUGGGGACUACCAUAAACAAACUCGUUGGGUGUUUUUGAGCCGAUGAGAAGUAUGUCAAAGUCGACGAAUAUGCUGAGAACGAGACGAAGGGACAACAACGUCAAGCCCAACAGGAGGUUGGACAGGAAGUCGUCGAGGGGCAUGAUUUACGAGAACGAAGAGCUGAGAUUGAGGACGAUCAACAUCAACGCGGAGAUCGAGAGAGGCCAAUACGACAUCAAGAAACUCAAACGCGAGAACGAAAUGCUCAAGAAGGAAAUCUGGUGCUUGAGGGACGAAUACGAGAAGCUCGACAAACUCCUCAAGGAGAAGGAGUACGACUUCUCCUCGUCGUCGUCCACCACCUGCACCACCAGCGACUCGGAAAGUUGCAGCUCGUGCACCGAAGAGUUCGACGAAGUCGAGACCUCCCAGAACCUCCAGAACGUCCAGAACAUGAAGAACCUCCACGCGGAGUUCGACCACUUGUCGGUGGUGCCGGAGGAGAACAGCACCGAGAACUCCGACAAGAACUCCAUCCCGAACGACCAGUGGAACGAGUGCAACAUCAUCAAGCCGGACCAGAGCUACCCCACGUACGGGAAAGCUAGUACUUUGCCGACGUUGCCUCCGAGGAACUUCUUCUCCCCGAUUAAAGUGAGCAAGAGCAACGAGGAUUUCUACACGAGCGAGAAGGUGGUGAGCACCGACGCCACGAGCUUCUACCAGAACAUGGUGCUGGUGCCGAAGCCCGAGGAGGUGCCCCCCAGGCCGAAGACCGCCACGGAUUUGCUGGUGAAGACGGACAAUCAGCCGUUCAAUGGGGCUUCGAGCAGGAGUACUUUUAGCAACGGGGGGAACCUGGAGGAGUUGUUGAACGAUAUAGAGACGAUCUCGCAGGAUAUUUUGAAGAUCACGAACGACCAAGUGAACUUGGACCAGUCGCAGGGUAAACCGUACAAGAGCGAACUGAGUGUGGUGUUGAUGCCCAAUCCGAUGCCGCUUCUGGGGUUCGACAAGUAUAGGAAUAUCAAAAGUAGCUAUGAUAGCUUGAACUCGAAGUCCGCUGAGAAGUUGUCUCAGGCGGACGAGAGCGUGGCUUCGCCCUCGAUCUUGACCCCCUCGAUCUUGACGCCCCCGGUGACUUCGCCCCCCAUCACGUCGCCACCGAUGACGUCGGCGUCACACUGCGAGCACAACCCGUUCUACUUCGGGCCCGUGAGCGACACGAGUUCCGAUUUCUUCAACAGGUACAACCCCGACGGCGACAAGCCCCAGAACCCCGCCGGCUCCAAGAGCAACCUCCUCGAGCUCACCUCCUCCGACCUCAUCUCCAGCGAGAACGAAGAAAACCUCAAAUUCCAGACCACCAAGCUCGACCAACUCCCCGAGAAGAAAUCCCCCAAACUCAGCAUCCGCCGCAAGGUCUCCAUCCACUUCAAAGGCAAACGCGACCGCUCGCUCAAGCCCCCCGAGAAAAAGCACUCCCUCUUCGACUUGCGCUUCGGCGACGCCAAGAAAACCCCCAGCCUCGAGUCGCGCAAGUCCACCACGGACGCCGAGCCCAAGACCCCCACCAGCUCCGACAGCAAGACCGGCUCGGAGCGCAAGAAGGACAAACCCCGCAAGAGCGUCUCCGUGAGCCCCGACCGCAAGCACGUGCACGUCAAGGACGAGAAGAAGCACAAGAAGCACCGGAAGAGCGACCGGGGCAAAAACCGGCGGGGCACCAUCACGAGCGUGGACAGGCUGCACCGCGAGCGCUCGUUCUCGGUGUGCACGGAGCGCUCGGAGCACAAGCUGGGGCUGUACGACGACGGGGCGCCUUCGGAGCGGGAAAGGACGAACAGUCUGAGCAGUUGCGAGACGGUGAAGACGAGGAAGAUGUCGAACAUUUCGAACAUUCCGCUGAGCGGGAAGGUGCCGUGGUGCGGGUGCUGGGGCAACGGGUGUAUUUAGUUUAGUACUUAAGUGAGACUUACCGAAGAUGGUUGCUGUUAGCAGGAAGAGACACACGAGCUUGUUCAUUUCGGGUUUAGGGCAUCCUCGGCUGCGGUGACAUUCUUUCAAAGGUUCUGUGUUUGUGUGUCCCUGAGGUGUGGGUCAAGAGGGCAAGAGGUCGAUGCACUGGCCGGAACUGAAAUUGAACGACACAUAAGCGGGAUUCGCACAAAAACGAUGUUGUUUACGGAAAUAAAACGAUUAAAUAAAUAAAACGCCGACUUUCUUGAAGAAACAAAGGGUUUGAGGGUUUUGGUGGUGUUUUUGUUGGAUUGACACUGUUGACAGAUUGGUCACCGUUGGGGAUUUUUCUGUCAUUCGUGUGGGUUGGUACGAGGCGCGAAUUUUUGAGGUUAUGUUGACCCGAAAUAGCAAUAAAACACAAAGUGAACGAAUUUCCAGAAAUGUCCGUUCUGGAAUUCUCAAAAACAACCACAAACAGCGUUUUAGGUGCGAAAGCAGCAAAAUCGAGCCCUACUACUGCAAGGAAUGCAAUUUUCGAACUCAACUCACCAUAGUGUUCAAACAACAUACGCGAGUGAAUGGAGACCCCCUUGUCCGAACUUACGUCUGUGAUAAGUGCCCCUUUGAGACUCAUUUCGUUAUUAAGUGGCUUCAGCACACAACCGAGUGUACGACAAAUAACAAAACUCCGGACUUGGAUAGGGUUAUAAAUGAUCAUAGUUACUCUAGGCACGAAUACAAACAUGUUAAGUUGCCCCCAAAUCACUCCCAAAUGUGUUGGCACCCCUGUGCUCUCUGCCCCUUCAAAACCGGUUAUAAGUCACACUUGAAAGUCCACAUGAACGUGCACCAUCUGGCAGGCGACGACAUCAAAUGGUACAGAUGUGACCAGUGCCCGUACAAAGCUAAACAGAAUUCUAAUUUAACAAAACACAUAAUGGUGCACCAUUUAGACAAACACGAUGUUAAAUGGUACAACUGUGAGAAGUGUUCCUACAAAAGUAAGUUCAAUUUUGGGCUCAAAAAGCACAUAAUCACGCACCACAAGCGUGUAGAGGAUAUCGUGUGGUUCAGAUGUGACCAGUGUCCAUACAAAGCCAAAUUCAAGACGUGUUUAAAUAGACACACGAACUCGCGACAUGGGGACGAAAAGGACAUUAAAUGGUACAAGUGCUCGAAGUGUCCGUUCAAAGCCAAAGUGAAAUUUAGUGUGAAACGACACAUGAAAGCCCAACAUGGGUUUGAAAUUUGUUAAUAAAAUUGAUAAAAUAAAAUAAAUUCAACAAGUU